UAGCACGUCCCGAAAUCGCUGGACAAUCGGUGGAAAGCCCAGCAAAUGCAUUAACAAUAAGCAGUGUUGAGAUCGGUGAAAGUGAAAAGGUCGUCCAAUUGACCGAUAUUCAAGAUAAACAACCAAAUGUCACUUUGACUGAGAGUCAAGCGAUUGAAGUAACUUCAUCGAUUCCCGGUGACACCGAAUCUAAAUUGAUUCCAACAAUUAAACCAGAAAAACAAAAGUUGAAGAAAAAAGUUGAUCUUAAAAAACAAAAAUCACUCACAAUUGAAUCCAAAGAGACAAUUGAAUCAGUUGAAAGAAUUGAUAAACCAGACCAAUCAAGACAAGAACAAGCGAAAGAAACAAUUUGUCAAUGAGUUCGAUUUCGGUGAGUUCAAUGGAAACAGUUGAACAACCAGAAUCAUUGGUACAAGAAGCGAUACCAAUUGGAUCACAAUUAGUUGAGUCAAUUAUCGAGAAAAGACCAAAUCAAGCAAUUGGAAUAGAAAAUGUUGAUACAGGGAACCUUGAAAUACCCUUGACAAUUGAUCGACCAAAUGUUGAAGUAGCUCGAGUUGAGAUUCCAACUUCUAUUGCCAUUGAAGGCUCACUUGAUUCGUUCAUUGAAUCUGGACCGAUUGAGUCGAAAUCUGUCCAAGCUAAAUCGACUUCGGUUAAGCCUAAGCGGUCAAUUAAACCUAAGCAUCCGAUACAAGUGACCCAAGGCGACUCAUUUGAACGGGAACUUGACCUACCAACUACUAUGGUCUCCGAAACUAUUACUAGUUCCAUGGAGAUAACUACAAGAGUAGCAUUUUCUGUGUCUUCAAGUCAGCCCAUAGAAGAGAUUACAACUUCUGUGCAAGAAAAAACGACGAGCGAUUCCGCGAAAUCAACGUUAAUUCCUGAUAAAUCGUCAGUAAUUGUUGAUCAAGUUCAACCCGUUGAUCAAGUCGAAAUACUACAAUUAACUUCACCCACAGUUAGAACAACAAUUUCGGUUCUAUCUGAUCAAUCACAUCUUCCAAUGACUGUGUCAAUGGAAACACCAGUUGACUCCGAGUCUCAAUUAGAUUUACCAGUAAUCGAAAAAGGUAAAAGUGACAUAAGCAUAACAACACUCGACGCUAUUCAAGGAUCUCAACAAACAAUCGGAGAUAAAGAAGGAGAAAUAGAAACACCUCAACCAUCAACUGCUUCUGCGACAACAAAGACAAUUGAUACAAAUAAAGUAACAGUAUCAAUAGAAAACAAGGAAACAUUGGAGAAAGAAGGACAAUUCGAAGUACCCAAACCUCGAAGAGAAAAGUUAACAAAGAAAACUUCAAUCACUAAACAAAGAUCAAUUUCUAUCGAGAGACCAGUUAUUAUGGAGAUGGAAACACCAACAGAGAUUCAACCAGAAAUCAGAGUAACACCUAAAGACACUGUAGUCGAAUCACCAUCAACAUAUUCGACUACAAUUAGUCAACAAUCAACAUACGAAGCAGAGACAAUUUUCGAUGGUGUUGAAGUUAAACCUCGAAUAGCUGAUCAAUCGAUUGAAUCGAUUGGACAAGCGAUCUCAGUAGUAACAAGUGAUGUUUCUCAAGACGAAGUACCUUUAGAAACACCACAGGAAACACUUCAAUCAGCUUCGAUUGAGCUUCCGAUAAUGAUUGUUGCUGAAUGUAGGGUUGAUCAAUUAGUCGAGAAAGAAACAGAGACCUUAAUCGAUGAAUCAAUUUCCAAACCUAAAACGAAAAAGAUUAAAGCAAAACCACCGAUAAAAUCUAAGCAGUCAUUAGUCGUUGUACAAAGAGACUCAUUCGAAAAAGAAGGUAGCCUCGAAUUGGUGAAGGACGAUUUUGCAAGUUCUAAAGUCGAUAUAACAUCGACUCAAGUCAUAGCUACUAUCGAAUCAGAACAGCUACUCGAAAGUACCACAAACACAGAAACGCCGAUGAUCAAGACCGAAUCAGUUUAUCCAAGACUUUCAGAUGAGCUCAACAAAACAUUGACCAUUGAAACAACAGAGACUGUUGAAACGGGUGAGGAAGUGGUUCCUUUGUUGAAACCCAUGGCUCAAUCUCAGAUAGCUUUUGCUGUAAGCCAAGGCAUCAUUAUUACAGCUCAGGUAACCGGUGAAUCAGAGACAGUCCUGGAAUCGAAAGUUAUGCCUGAGGCUAAAAAGCUUAAAUCUAAAUCUACUAGUAAAAAACAGCGUUCAGUAUCUGUAGAGCGUCCAGUUACUAUGGAAUCAGUUGAUGACCUUCCAGUGAGUGAGACCACAAAAGAUCAAGCAUCAAAAUCGAUUCCAUCGGAAACACCAUUGGCCAUUUCGACUACUGAUACCAUGGAAGGUACAGUUGCUCUAGAUAUCGAAAUACCAGCUGAGAAAACAAUUGUUACAUCAAUCUCAGAUUCUCUUCAUCACUCAUAUCAAGUAUCAACAUCUACCGCUGAUAUUGCAGCCGAUGACCUUUCUCAAUCCACUCCGAUCACAUCGAAAGCUGCCAUUGGUUUAACUGAAUCACAAGCAGCCUCAGGGAUGUUUAGUACUUCAAUUGAAUCGGAAAAAGAUUUGGACCUUGAAGUGAUUCCCGAAGUUGUUAAACCAACAAAAAGUUUAACCAAGAAAAAAUCUCGAUCCAUUUCAAUUGAACGUAAACAAAGUUACGAGAAAGAGGAAACUCUUGAUGUGAUCCCAUCGAAAGAGGAAACAGUUCAAUUCGAGAUCACAAGUGAAACUCAAGCGAUCACUGUUGGAAUCGAUGUACCAGUAGAAGUGGAAGACAAGUUAGUCGAAGACGUUAAACCAAAGGUAAAAAAGAUCAAACCCAAAAAGUCAUUACCGAAAACCCGAUCAGCUUCAAUCGAAAGACCAGAAACUCUUGACAAAGAGGAACAACUUGAAAUCGAUUCACCUAAAGCCGCAUCGGCAACUCAAUCGAUGAUUCCUCAGAAAAUCGUCCAAUCUCAAACUAUUAGCACAUUAGAAGCUGAAAAUCUUCAACCAGAAGAAGUGCCAUUGGUCCAAAAAACUGCUAAAAUAACCACAGAAUCGAAACCCUUAUCUAGAGCUCAAUCAACUGAACAAUUGAAAAUGAUCGGUGGGCCUUUCGAGAAAGAGCUUAAAGUUGAUGAAGAAACCGAGACUGGAUUGAUUCCUGAUUCUGUCGAUUCUCAGAGACCGAGAGUUUCAAUGACCGAGACUCAGGCAAUCAGUGUAACUACUUCGAUUACAAAUGAAUCAGAGCUUCAACUGCCGAGUGACAAAGUGCCCGAGAAAAAGACCAUCAAGAAACGCGUUAGUUUCAAGGAACAGAAAUCUCUCUCUAUUGAAAAACCAACAUCUCUCGAAUCUACAAGCGAUUUGGAAAUAAUGAAAACAGAUGAGACUCAGGCCGGAGUUAAUCUGUCCGUUGUUGAAUCGGUUUCAGGUACAAUCGAUAUACCAAUCGAAUCAGAAAAAGUUCUUGAUGAUGUUAAACUUGAUAAGAAAAAGCUCAAGCCAAAAGAAACUCUCAGUAGGAUUAAAUCAACUUCAGUUGAACGACCUGAAGUGAUGGAUUCCGAGCUACAGUUCGUUGUUGAAACACCAAAACCCGUUACUGCGACUUCAUCGAUUGUCUCCGAGAAACAAAUUGAGUCCCAAACAAUUAGCACUCAAUUGGAAAGGGAAAUGAUUACCCAAGAUCAAACACCCAUUGAAAUUACAGCUCGAGUCACUACAGAAGCCACUCUAUUAGAAAAAGAAGUUAAAUCGACUCAACAAUCAACUCUAAUUGCUGAUGAUCAACCUUAUCAACCAUCAAUCGAUCAACAAUUUGAAAUAUCAUCAAAAGGACAAAAACCAAUACGAAAGGAAAUCAUUCAAACAUUUAAAAAAGUCGGUGAUAAAAUAACAUCGAUACAAGUAGAAUCAACUCAAUAUGAAGAUUCAAUUGUUGAUAUUACAAUAGAAUCAGAUGAUAAACAACCGAUUGAAAUUGAAUCGAAACAAAGAUCAUUGAUUGUUGAAGAAAUGACCACUGAGAUCGGUGGACCAUCAUCUCCAUCAUCAUCAUCACCAACACAAAGUAAAGUCAAUCAAGAUUCAAUUUCUAUUGAAUUACCAGACGAAGAAGAAAAAGAAAUCACAAUUAAACCAGAAUCCAAUGAAUCGAUUGAGAUUGUACCAGAAAUGGAGAUCGACAUUGAAUCGAAAGGUAGAGAGAAGGAGAAAAAAGAAAAAGAAAAAGAUUCGAAGAAGAAAAAAGUUACCAAAAAGAAGCCACAGUUCAGUGAACGAUUCGAGGUUGAUCGAAAUACGGACGAUCUACAGAUAGAAGAAGGUAAGUUACCCGAUCGUAAUGAAGAAUUAGUUGAUUUAAUUGUAGAUGAAUUAGAAGAUUCCCUGGUAAGUGUCCCUGAAGUGAUUCCCGAAUUGAUGGAAAUGAUUAAAGAUGAAUUGAUGUCGGAUUUAAUUACCGAUAAUGAAGAUCAACCAAUGGAUGAUAAGGUGACCACUACUACUGACGAAACAACCAGUGAACCAGCUAAGGUUAAAGUUUAUAAAGCGAAACUCAGAAUACCGGGAACGAGAGUUAUUUAUAAAGUUCCAAUUCCUCGAGCUAAGUCACCGAGGAUUGAAACUUUCGAGUCAACCGAAAUUCCUGGUUAUCAAUGGUCAAGCUUAAUAUUCCUGGUAAGCGUGUCAUAUUCCGUGUGCGUGCUAGAGGAAGUAGUAGACCUGGUAGUGACCAUGAAGAGGAUGAGAUUCAAUUAUCUGUUGGACAAGCAACAUUGGAUUUGGAUAAAGGAUUUGAGGAUCAAGGAGUUGAUAGUAAAGGUGAUUUGA